GGCAACAUGGCGGCUCCCUGUGUGUUCUGUGGUGCUGCAGGUUUCUACCGGUUCUUUCUGGGAAGUAGGGUUCCUCUUGCCCAGAGGCCAGGCAUCUGGAAAGCAGCAGCAGCAGCUGAGUUGCAGACCGGUACCAGAUCCCAGAUAGUAAGGCUAAAACACGUCACAGUUGUAACAACAAGAGCUAUUGUUUACCUUUUUCCAAGUGGUUUGUUUGAGAAGCGAGCCCGGCCAGUAAUGAAGCAUCCUGACCACAUUUUCCCAAAACAAAGAGCAAUCCAGUGGGGAGAAGAUGGCCGUCCAUUUCAUUUUCUUUUUUAUACUGGCAAACAAUCAUAUUAUUCAUUAAUGCAUGAAGCAUAUGGAAAGCUACUAGAUAUUGAAAAACGUCAAAAUCAGUUGCAAGCCGAAGGUCUAGAUCUGGAAAAAACUAAAACCAAAGACCUGAUUGGCAGCAGAUGGCUGAUUAAGGAGGAACUAGAAGAAAUGUUAGUGGAAAAACUGUCAGAUCAAGAUUAUGCGCAGUUCAUUCGGCUGCUAGAAAGGUUUUCGACCUUGCGAUGUGGUGCUGCUGAAGAAGAAUUUGUGCAGAGAUUUCGCAAAAGUAUAACUGUUCAAUCCAAAAAACAGCUGAUUGAACCUUUGCAGUAUGACGACCAAGGAAUGGCCUUCAGCACAAGCGAAGGUAAAAGAAAGAGUGCAAAAGCAGAAGUAGUUGUUUAUGAACGUGGAAAUGGAAAAAUAAAAGUAAAUGGAGUUGAUUAUUUGCUUUAUUUCCCAGUGACACAGGACAGAGAACAGUUGAUGUUCCCCUUUCACUUCCUGGACCGGCUUGGAAAACAUGACAUGAACUGCACGGUCUCGGGGGGCGGGAGAUCAGCUCAGGCUGGAGCCAUACGCUUGGCGACUGCAAAGGCCUUAUGCAGUUUUGUCACGGAGGACGAGGUCGAAUGGAUGAGACAAGCUGGGCUGCUCACUACUGAUCCACGUGUCAGAGAACGGAAGAAGCCAGGCCAAGAAGGCGCCCGCAGAAAGUUCACGUGGAAGAAGCGCUAAGUGUUUUUUCCCAGGAAAGAGGAGGCCUGGCCUGCGGCAGACGCGCAAUAACUGUUUGUUGGCCAGCGUCAGGGCAACACAAACUGACCGUUGUUUGAGUUGUGAGAUGAUGUAUUUUUAAACGCUACUUUGUAAAGAUUACCUUAAAAAAUAAAAUAAAAAUGAUUU